UCUUUAACCCCAUUGGCUAAUAGCUACUUCCCAACUCUGUCUUCUCUCUCUCUAACUCGAUUUCACAAACCCAAACCCUAAUUUCUCUUCUUCACCGGGGAGAUUCUCGAAUCUAGGGUUCUCUGGGUACCAAAUCAAAUGGAAUCAGAUCAGGGAAAGCUGUUCAUCGGCGGGAUUUCAUGGGACACCGACGAGAAUCUCCUGAGAGAGUACUUCACCAAUUACGGCGAGGUUUCUCAGGUCACAGUCAUGCGAGAGAAAGCCACGAGUCGUCCCAGGGGAUUCGGAUUCGUCUCCUUCUCCGAUCCCGCCGUCAUCGAUAGGGUUCUUCAGACCAAACACCACAUCGACAAUAGAGAUGUUGAUGUGAAGAGAGCAAUGUCUAGAGAAGAGCAGAGUCCUGGUAGUAGAGGAGGGAGUUUUAGUGGUGCUUCUAGGAGUUUUGAUAGUGGUGGUGCUAACGUUAGGACCAAGAAGAUAUUUGUUGGUGGUUUGCCUCCUGCUUUGACGUCUGAUGAGUUCAGGGCCUACUUCGAGAGUUACGGCCCUGUGAGCGAUGCGGUGAUUAUGAUUGACCAGACCACGCAGCGGCCUAGAGGGUUUGGGUUUGUGUCGUUCGAUUCUGAAGAUUCUGUUGACCUUGUUUUGCACAAGACUUUCCAUGAUUUGAAUGGGAAGCAAGUAGAGGUUAAGAGAGCUCUUCCUAAAGAUGCUAAUCCUGGGGUAGCCGGCGGUGGUGGUGGUGGUCGUGGCGGUGGUGGUGGUUUCCCUGGGUAUGGUGAGGGUCGUGUUGAUUCAAGUAGAUACAUGCCGCCUCAAAACGCUGGAGGAAGCGGUUAUCCUCCUUAUGGUGCUGGUUAUGGUUAUGGCAGCAACGGUGUAGGUUAUGGGGGUUUUGGAGGGUAUGGGAAUCCAUCUGGUGCGCCUUAUGGGAACCCUGGUGUGACUGUCCCUGGAGCUGGGUUUGGAAGUGGUCCAAGAAGUUCGUGGGGAGGUCAAGCACCGUCUGGUUACGGUAACGUGGGAUAUGGAAAUGCUGCUGCUCCUGCUGCUCCGUGGGGCGGUUCUGGUCCCGGUUCAGCAGUGAUGGGUCAAGGAGGUGCGUCUGCAGGUUACGGCGGUCAAGGUUAUGGAUAUGGUGGGAAUGAUUCCUCUUAUGGGACUCCAUCUGGUUAUGGUGCAGUCGGUGGGCGGCCUAACAGCCUUGGCGGUGGCUAUGCUGAUGGUUUAGAUGGCUAUGGGAAUCACCAAGGAAACGGGCAAGCUGGUUAUGGCGGUGGUUAUGGAAGCGGUAAUCAAGCUUUACAACAGUGAUUGGAGGAAGAAAGACUACCACAUUGUGGUCUUUAUCUUUCUUUGACCUCGAAGCUCCUCCUCUUUUGCAUCCUUGUGGAUGCCGCCCUUGACCUGGAUUAUCUCUUUUGGUUAGUUUCUUAAUAAGUUGUUGUUCAGGCACUCUUGAUGCUGAGUCGUACUUAGUAUUUCAUAUGAAAGUUGUAGUGUGCUUAUUUAUAUUUGUUGCUUUGGAAUGUUUUUUUUUCUUUUCUCUAUGCUAGUGUCUGUGUUAACAACAACUUAUCUUUUCUUUGUUGCAUUUAUUCUUUUAAAUAUUCUUGA